GUCAAUGUCAAAAAGUACUUGCUUAUUUUUAGAAUGCAUAGAACCAAUAACAGGGACUAUUUUUGGAGGAAUAGCUGCUAUGGCUGGAAGUGCGAUAUUCUAUAACUCUUUUGAUAUGUUAAAAGAUAAUACAUACUGUAAAUAUGCAGAAUGCUGUAACAGUUAUUCUAUUCCCUAUGAUAUUAAAAAACUUUAUACUUCUCUAACACAUCACGUUUAUGGGCAGCAUCUUGUUCUCGAUACUGUUGUACCUGCCAUACAAGGCCAUAUAUCAUCAUCAUCUCCAAAGAAACCACUGACAUUAAGCUUUCAUGGCACUCCUGGAAGUGGUAAAAAUUAUGUAUCUCAAUUUAUAGCUAAUAGUUUGUACAGGUAUGGAGAAAAGAGCAAAUUUGUGCAUAGUUACAAUGGCGGAUUACAUUUUCCUCUGCAAAGUAAAGUUGAUGAAUAUAAGGAAAAAUUAGUAUCUGAUAUUAAAUCAGCUGUGAAAGCAUGUGAUAAAUCUUUAUUUAUUUUUGAUGAAGUUGACAAAAUGCCUGUUGGAGUUCUUGAUGCCUUGAAACCAUUUUUAGAUUACAAUGCUCAUAUUGAUGGAUUGGAUUUCCGGAAAUCUAUUUUUAUUUUCUUAUCUAACAAAGGAACUAAAGAAAUAACAUUCCAUUUGAUUAAGUUAUGGAACGACGGUUUGGAAAGAGAGAAAACUAAGCUUUCUCAUUUUGAGCCACUUGUUAUUAAAGGCGCUUUUGAAGAAGAAGGUGAAUACUCUAUUAGUUUAUUUGGAUUAUUAAAUAGAGCUGGCCUGGUAAACAUUUUACUACCUGCAAUUAAUUUGUUUCCAUUUAAUUGGGGUUUUAAAUAUUCUUCAAAUAUUAAAAGUGGACUCAUAGAUCAUUACAUACCUUUUUUCCCCUUGGAAAGAAGGCAUGUGGAAAUGUGCAUCAAGGAUGAGUUUUUGAAUCUGGGAAUCAUUUCUCCUCAGGAAGAAUAUAUUGAGGAGGUAUUGAGUUUUGUAACAUAUGGGCCAGAUGAUAAACCUAUCUUCUCAAAAACUGGCUGUAAGCGAAUAAGUCAAAAAGUAGCAGCCAUAGUAACAAGAGAAAAAAUGAAUAAGGAUUAAAUGAAAAAUAAGGAAUCAUAGAUUAUAAUGAUGGUUGGAAA